AUGAUUUAUCUCUGGUUCAUUGCCUUACUAUGCAUUAGUUCAAGUUCAGCUCAGCAAUUCUACGACCCUAAAAAUUGUUCUACAGAACCUGACACCUACCCAGGUUCGAGGUACACUUGUAAAACUCCCCAGCAUCCAUGCGAAACAUACUUGGUGUUCAGAUCGAACCAGCAUUUUCAGAACAUUUCAGAGAUCUCAAAGCUCUUCCACAUGAACCCUGACACACUGCUUCAAGAAAAUAACCACCUCAAUUCUUCUUCUCAGUUCCUUGAAGCAGGCAGAGAGGUUCUUAUUCCUGUCUCUUGUUCCUGCUCUGGUGGUUUCUAUCAAGUUAUUUUCAGGUAUGUAGUCCCGGAAAAUACAACAUUUUCAGAGAUUGCUUGUGGAGUUUAUGAAGGGCUGCUCAAAUCUUUCACACUCGAACGGGCCAACCUCAAUACGACAAUAGCUGGUGCUGAGCUUAAUGUUCCUCUUCGAUGCUCAUGCCCUGAUGAUUCCGCCAGUAUUGGCAAGAAGGUGAACUACCUUGUGACAUACCCCAUAAUACAGGGAGAUUCAGAUAGUGACAUAAGGGCGAAAUUCGGCAUCUCAGAAGAAGAUUUCUUAGAAGCCAAUGACUUGCAUCAAUUUUCAACUCUUUUCCCACAAACAACUGUUUUGAUCCCAGUAAGAGAUGAUUCAAUCAAGAUUACUGAUAUUCCAGAGUCGUCUCCAGCUCCAAUUUCUGGUUUUCUUCCAACAAUUCCAGUGGCAAAAACACACAGGGUCAAAAGCCCCACCAGUUUGUACAUCGCAGCUUGUGUCAUAGGAUUUUCGCUAUUAAUCAUGGCAAUCCUUGUGAGCAUAUUGUAUAUUAAGGUCUUAAGGAAAUGGAAGAGCGAAAGUGUUCAACCUUUCACUCCUUCGACCUCCGUCGUCAUGUCACCAACGAGAGGCUCUUCAACAACUUCGUGUCUUUCUCCGGAUCUUCUCGCCGGAAUAAAGUACUGUUUGGUCAAUUACAGCAUAGAAGAGCUCAAAAUGGCCACAAAGGAUUUCAGUGAAGAAACCAAGAAAAGUGACUCAGUCUAUAAGGGGUUAAUUACUAAUCUUGAGGUGAUGAUCAAGAGGAUGAGAUUCGAAGACACACGUCGGGUAAUUGAUUUACAUUCUAAGAUCAACCACAUCAAUAUUGUGAACUUGCUUGGUGUUUGUUAUGAUGAAAGUGAUUUGUCAUGGUCAUAUUUGGUUUUUGAAUGGCCUAAAAAUGGGUGCUUAAGGGACUGUUUAUCUGAUGGAUCCAACGUCCUCUGUUGGAAACAAAGGACACAAAUAGCUUUUGAUAUAGCCACAGUUCUUCACUAUUUACACUGCUGCGCUUUUCCUUCUUACGCUCAUUUAAAUGUUAGCAGUAGAAAUAUAUUUGUCACAGAAGACUUCAGAGGGAAACUAGCAGAUAUUGCUGCACCAGAGAGCCUUAGGAGCGGCGCUGUUUCUGAGAAAGUAGACAUUUUUGCAUUUGGGAUUGUGUUACUUGAACUGAUCUCUGCAAGAGAGAACACUGAAGGGAAAUUAGCGAAAGAUUCUAUUGGGUUUUUGGGGGGAGGAGGAGGAGGCAGUGAAGGGGGUUGCUUUGAAGGGUUGAGGAAUUUCAUGGAUCCUAAUCUGAAAGAUUAUCAUCUUGCAGAGGCUCUGUGUUUGGCUGUUUUAGCAAAGGCUUGUGUAGCUGAUGAUCCCUUGCAUAGACCAACCAUGGAUGAUAUCAUGAAGGUCCUUGCAAAAAUGGCUUCUCCACAAUAACCAGAGAAAUAAUAAUCUUUGUAAAUUCAACUGC